AUGGCGCACAAUUACGUCUUGCAGGUAACUGCAGGUUCGGAGUACGAUAUCAAGACGCACAAGAUUGUGCCCGUCAACCAGUCUACCCCGAUUACGAUCGACUCGGAACAUAUCAGUGUAGAUUUGAAUGUCAGGAUACAGUCCUACCGCGGCCUCCCACCCACCUCCCCCUCCACAUCCCCCUACUUCUCCCUACCCGAACACAGCAAAGCCAACGACCAAUACAGCAUCGCCUUCCGCUUCACUCCCAAAUCCACCAUUAAAGGCGACGACCUCGUCUUCGGCAACGACUUCGACCAUCCGAUCCGCGACCGCUUACCACCUGGCUUCAACACCGCCUUCCGCAUCGUGAAAUGGGUUGUUGACCCAGGCUUGGAUGGCGAUGUGUAUGCGGAUCGACCAUAUCUUUAUGGACCGGCGGCGAGUAGUGUUAACAAAUUGCAUGUUGGGCCGAAGGCGGUCAAUGGGGAGAAGCUAGAUGCUGGGAAGGAGGGGAUUGGACAUCAUGAGGCGGGAAUGGUGUUCGAGGAGGGUGGUGAUGAGGAGGGGUUGGAGAUCAGGAAGGAGAAGGGCGUGCCGGAGACGGAGGCGGCGAGGAAGAAACACUUUUUGGUGGAGGAGAAUAGGAAGGAGUGGGAGUGGGAGGAGGGGAGGGUGUAUGGGUGUGAUUUCUAUAAUCCGUAUUUGGAUUUCAAUGAUUUCGCAUUGAGACUUCCCGGAUUUACUUUACCUAUCAUGAAUUACUGGGAUGGUCAAGGGCUCAGAUACACGCUCAAGAACCGCGCGACCGACACCGUCCUCUUCGUCGUUCUCUUCACGCUGUACCUGAAGGAAGACGUUGAUGAGAACGGGAAUGUGAAGGAGGGUGUCGAGGGUGGGAAGCCGUUUGAGGGGAAGGCGAAUGGUGUUGAGGGGGAGGAGGAGGAGAAGGAGAAGGAGAAAGUGGGUGUGGAGAAGGUUGGCGAGCAAGCGGUGAAGGAGAAGGAGAAUGAGAAGUUGCCUGAUACAAGUGAGGAUGAUGUUGAUUGA